AAAAAAAUGUUGUGUGAUUGUGUCCUGUGAGCUGUGAUCUCUCUACACUCGCUAGAUUCAAUUCAGUUUGUCUUCAGAGAACCAAACUCAAACUCACAAGUCUCCUCUGUGUUUUCUUAGGUGGAGAAGAAGACAACGAAGAACCGGCGCACCGCACACCUUUCUCUUUCUCUGUUUCUCAGACUGAAAUUCUUGUACUGGCAUAACAGAAGGUAUGGCUGUACAAGGUGAUUCUGGAUUUUCUAAAGGGUUCUCUGAUAAUGCACCAUACAUCAAUGCUGAGAAUAUGCAGAAUAACAUGAAAGUUAUAUAUUACAGCCGCACAUUCAUGUCAAUAGUUGGAGGAGUUAUUGCUGGGAUUUUAGGGUUCACAGGGCUCACUGGGUUUAUCUUCUACCUUCUGGUGAUGGCUGUUACUUCAGUGGGCCUCACAGCCAAAGCCAAGUUCUCAAUUCAUUCUUACUUUGAUGGCUGGAAUCGGGUUUUACUUGAUGGCUUCUUGGGUGGCCUUAUGUCAUUUGUGCUGUUUUGGACAUUUGCGUACGAUAUUGUGCACAUUUUUUGACCGACUAUCCUACAAAAGAAUCUCGGAUGUAUUGCUGCUACUGCUGCUGAACUACUAUCAGUUCUCGUGCAUUUUCCAUAUUCUGAAGUCCUUAUGGGAAUCAAGGGCUUUUUAUUAAUACCCUAGCUCUAUUUUAUUAGUUUCGUUUUCCUUUUUUAAGGGAACUUUGAGCUCAAAAUUUUUCUUGUUACACUCAUGGUCUUUUUAAUUAUUUUUUUUUAUAGUAAAUGUAUCAAAAUUAGACAAGGGAGUAUUUGUUUAGGAUUUGGGUAAACAAUAACUUAAAUCCCAUGGAAAAUUGUUUAAUA